CUUGAAUCUUUCUUCCCAAUUUUAUAACAGACCUGAAGUCACGAGUGGCAAGACAUUACCGCUAUUAUACAAGGGAUUUUCUAUUCAAGUCUAAGACUAAAGCUUUUGAGGUGUUAUUUUAAGCCUUUGUUAGUAAAGUACAUAUGUACUCAAUGGCGUUUUACAUAAAGAUGGAAAAUUUCAGUUUGCGUUCACCACAUGUCUUUCUUGUUAGCGCGACUGCCUCAUACAACCUUCAGGAUCUGGUACUGUUGAUGAAUACGACCACAGCUGUAUCGUCUCAGGUCAGUCGAGCAUUUAAGGAGUUUGCGAUCGCGAUCGAUGGUAAAGCUUUCAAGCCAAGACAUGAGCAAAGCUGCGAAAUUCUUUUUCCAGAGCUUGAUGGGUCCUUCAAUAGCACCACAUCCCAAAGGUGGAAAAAGUGGAUGGGUCGAGCAAAUUUGAAGGGUUUUCCAUUGUCUAACACUCAAUAUCCCACCUAGUAGUUUUAGUGGUUUACAUUCAGGGAAUCUAUAGAAAGUAACUAGUAGCACAUUCGGUUCAGACUGUAUCACUUCUUGAUAGACGUGAUUUAGUUGUCAGUAGCUUGCCUUCCUACAUAGUAUAGGACGCUGUAGAAUCUCUCGGGGUCGCCAUCAGUCUACACAGCGGUGGUCAUCGUACUUGUUGCCGACCUUUUUUUAGGUAAUUUAGUCUGUCAUCUCUGUGACAUUCACUUGCUGGAAGAAGUUGACUAAGAACGGCGGGCCUAUCGAAUUGUGAUGACGACGCGAAAUAAAUUGACGAAAUAUAGUGUAACGGCAAGCUAAAAUAGAUUUUUUUUUCUGUGCUAAGGACAAAAUUGCGAGAAAAUUCUACGAGGACAGAGCAGCGGUUGCCGAUCAAGUUAGGCUAAAAAGAAUCUGAUAGAAUCCAUAGAUCACUUCUCUUCUUCAAUCUUCAAUCUUCAA